AUGUCUUCUCAGUCCGGCAACCCCAUGUCUCCUCCCCCCCUCGCCGAUGCCAACGCCGGCGGGGUCCGCCGCCAUCACACUAUCUCGGCCUCAUCGCGCGCAGCCCGCCCUAACUCCAAAAUCGCCCUCGCCGACCUUGACGACCCCCAGGCGGAGCAGCUCUGGGACGGUGACGAGCCCGUCGACCACGACUGGGUCGGCGGAAUCGGUGCCGUCGGCGAGAAGUCUUCGCUUCACAGACAGGCCUCCUUGCCUACUAGAUACCAUCGCGCGUUUGGUGGCCAGGCCGGAGGCUCCCAUACCCCUCGCACCCUCAACAGCCUCACCGCCAUCGCAGGUCACGAAGGCGAUGAGGAUGAAUGGGAGCACGAGGACGAUCAUCCUGGCAUGUCCGUCUCUGACCACGGGCACGGAGUCGCAGACUCCUCUUCUUCUGCGUCCCCCUUAUCUCCUCACUUCGCCGGUGGCCUCCCACACGUCCCUUCUCCUCCCCCUGGUGCCGCGGGCGGCGUCCGCAGGCAUCAGUCACUCAACUAUCCCAACGCCAACACCGGUGUCCGCCGCCUCGCAUCCGGUCUGAAGCGUGCAGGGACACUCCAAGCCGGAGGCAAACCUGUUCAGGGUGUCCCUUACUCCGGGGCGCAGAGCCCCAGCCCCACCAACGCCGAGGGGGAUGACAACGAGAGCGUUAGGGCGGAUGAGGAUUCGUACUACGCAGGUGGGCAGUACCCCGGUAGCCCAAUCGGUCGCUCAUCGCCCUGGGGUAUGUCUGGUGUAGGGGGUGAAUGGCGCACACCUCCCAGCGGUAACGGCACCGUGUACAACACGGCCGGGAAUGCUGCCAUUGACGAUGUCUCUCGCGCCCUCUCCGCCAUGGAGAUCAACCAGCAGUACGGCGGCAUGCAGGGCCAGUCCGCUCACCCACCGAGGUUCAACCCCGCGCAUCCAGCCCCUUCACAGGCGCCGGGAAUGCGCUCAGGCAGCGGCAACGGCUCACGGAAGCUACAGCUUGUUACGGAUCUUGACGGUCGCAACGGUCAAGGUGUCCAGAGCGCAUCCGCGUACGCACCCCCCAUCGGCCAUGGUCUGGCCCAGAUUCCAGGCCAGCAGAUGCCCGAACACCCGCAGCACGUUCAGCACCGUGACCGGGCCUUCACCGCGUCUGGUGGCGCGCCGUGGGACCAUAACAAUGGCGGCAAGGAAAGACUCAUCGUUGGUCAAAGGUCGAAUCCCAACCUGCAGCAGCUGUACCAACAGGGCAAGAUGGACGGGCAGGGCAUCCCCAAUGUGCCGUCUAUUCCGCCCCAAUACCUCAACCAGGGUCAGGCGCCGCGCAUGGGCGUGUCCAACAUGGGCGCGCAAGGCAUGCCUGCGCAGGGUGGCAACCAAGGCCAGGGUAACCAGGGCGCAGGUGCCGAUAACUUCACUGGGACGCCUAUCGACGUGCCAACGUUGAUCGCCACAAAAGGUUACAAUCCCGUUGACUUCGACACGAGGCCCGCGUUCGCUAGGUUCUUCGUUAUCAAAUCGUACACCGAGGACGACGUCCACAAGUCACUCAAGUACGAGAUUUGGUCGUCCACGGAUCCUGGAAACAAGCGUCUGGACAAGGCGUUCAAGGAGACGGCGGGGCGUGGGCCUCUCUACCUGUUCUUCAGCGUCAACGCAAGCGGGCACUUCUGCGGCAUGGCCGAGAUGCUGACACCGGUCGACUACACGCGCAGCAGCACGGUAUGGGCAUCAGACAAGUGGAAGGGCGUGUUCAAGGUUCGCUGGAUCUUCGUCCGCGACAUUCCCAACGCCAGCCUCCGCCAUAUCCGCCUCAACAACACGCAGGAGCGGAAGCCGGUCACCAACUCGCGUGACACGCAGGAGCUGCUGCCCGACGCGGGCCAGGAGAUGCUCCGGAUCUUCCACACCCACCCUGCGCGCACAUCCCUCCUCCAAGACUUUGCCUUCUACGAGCUGCAAGCAAUACAGAAGGUCCAAGCGCACGCUCUCUCGCAGGGUACCGCCUCUCCGACGCAGCCUCCCAUCGCGCCCCAGACUCCUGGUCAGCAGACUCAGGGUCUCUCGCCGACGACAACUGGUCAACACCCCUUUGCCAUGUCCAACCCCGCCGCUCUCGCAUACGCUGCGCAGCAGAUGACGCUCCCGCAGAUGAAUAUGAACAUGAACAUGAACAUGGGUAUGGGUAUGGGCAUGGGUAUGAGCCCGAUGAUGAUGAACAUGGGUACCUUCGCCAACCCGCACGCUAUGCAGAGCGUCAUGCGCAACCCCAGCCCGGGACCAAUGCCCAUCGGCAGCCAGAACUUCAUGAACUUGAACGGCAUGCAGGGCUUCUGA